AUGGCUCAACCUUGUAGAAAUCGUGCGCGGGGGUUCGAUUUCGACGACGAAGAAGCAGAACGAGAAGAGCAUCAGCUCGACCAACUCUUGCAAGAGUUCGAGAACGAGCCGGCGGUUGUCCACGACCAGGUGCCGGAGACCGAUGACGAAGUAGAGGAAGAUGGUCGAGAGUUAAUGCAGACGCAUAUAACUCGUGGUGAUGGGCAUUUAUACGAUAAUCAGACCUUCUUCAAUGGAGUUGCUUUCAAGGAUCGAGUUCUCGACUAUGCUCUUCGAACCAGGUACAAUAUCAGGCAGUAUAGGUAUGAUAAAGACAAGAUUGGUUUCGAUUGUCUGGGUUUAGAUGGUAAUGAAGAACCUUGUCAUUGGCAAAUAUAUGCUUCGAUCCUUCCUAAAGAUAAAAUUUGGAGAGUUAGGAAGUUUAUAGAGGAGCAUACAUGUGAGAGAAAUGGAGUGUGUGAGAUGGUGAAGGUCCCUGUGAUAGCUAGACCUCAAUGUCAAGCUGCUAGGAGGACAGCUUUGAGGUGGAUUGAAAGUGAGUACGAGUAUCAGUUUGCACGUCUUAGGGAUUAUGCAGCAGAGAUAGUAGAGUCUAAUCCUGGCUCAUCUGUGAAAGUGGAGACAUUCCAGAAUGCUGCAGGUGAAGAAGUGUUCCACCGGUUCAUUUCAGACCGCCACCAUGGUUUAAUCAGGGCUAUCAAGAUAGAGUUACCAAAGAUGGAGCAUCGAAAGUGUGUAAUACACAUCUAUGGCAAUUUGAAGAAGAAACAUGAGGGCAAAACAAGGAUGAAGAGCUUUAUCUGGAGACUAGCAUGGAGCUACAAUGAGGCAAAGUUUCAAGUCAACUUGGACAGAAUUAGAAACUAUGACACUGGUGUCUAUGAUGAUGUUAUGGCUACAAGUCCUAGGAGUUGGUGCAGAGCUUUCUACAAGCUUGGACCUUGCUGUGAAGAUGUUGAAAACAACUCGACAGAGUCUUUCAACAGCUCUAUCAACAAGGCAAGAGAGAAGGCCUUUAUCCCUAUGCUAGAAACCAUAGCAAGACAAGCUAUGGCACGGAUAGCCGUGAGAUCCCGAAUCUCUCAUGACCACAAAGGUAAGUGUACCCCAUAUGUGGAGAAGAAACUAGCUAAGAUGCUUGUAGAUAAGCCACAUAAACAUGGAGCAAGAAAGUGUGUUGUGACUAAGAGUGUGAAAGGCUACUAUGAGUCACGGCUUAAUGGUCAAUGCCAUACAGUCAGCUUGGAGAAUAGGACUUGCUCUUGCAGGAAGUGGGAGAUAACGGGAAUUCCAUGCAAGCAUGCUUAUGGAGUGAUGUUGAAGUAUGGUCUUGAUCCUCUGGACUACGUCUGUCAUUGGUUCCGCUCAGGUAUGUGGAGAAGAAACUACUCAGAUGGACUCGUUCCAGUCAGAGGUUGUAGGUUCUGGCCAGAGACAAAUGCUCCGGAUGUGCAUGUUCCUCCUGAGAAAGAAAAACCAGGGGAAGAAGCAGCUGAAGAAGGCCAAGAACCUGGAAACGAAACGAAGAAGAAGAAGAAGAAGAAGCUCACAAAUGCAGAGAAGAUGAGGAAAAAGGGUGUUAAUGAGUCUCCAACAAAGAAGCAGCGGAAAGAGAAACAGAGGAUUAUGCAUUGCGGAGUUUGUGGUGAGGCUAAUCACAAUUCAAGGCAUCAUGCGAAGGAUAAGGAUGCUCCAAGGGUUAGUAAUCUUUAA